GUAAAAUUGACGAGUCUGGUUGAUGUUUUAAAUAAAAGUACAAUGUGGAAUUUUUAAAUUACUAGUGGUAAGUCAACUAUAAAGAUAGCAUUUCGGAGAUCGCAUUCAAAAUGGCGAAAAAGAAAUUUGGUAACAGAAGAAAAAGAAGGAGAAGGAGAGUACGAAAACCGAGACCGUUAAAGAUUGCAGCUCUUAUCGUAUCGGCGAUUAAUGAUCUUCGUGAAAUGAAAGGCUCCACUCCUAGAAAGAUCAUCGAUUAUAUUAGUUACGCUUCUAAUAUGUCUCAAACCAGAAUUGAACGACAGGUUAAGUCCGCAUUGAAAAGAGGAGUCAAUUACGGCAUUUUGCGAAGAUAUCGUGGUCACUACUUUCUGCCAACGGGUGACGAAUUGGAGCGAGCAAAUCGCAUAGCUGUCAGAUUUGCCAAAUUGCCAAAUUCUGGGUUGCCAACCUGCGAAUCAACGUUGAUAGCCGUUGUGCAAAAACUGAUGCCUACCGAGGAAACGGUCAGAAAAGUGUCGAAAAAGGUGAACAAACGGACCAGAGGGUUUUCGAUUCAUGGCCGCAAAGCUUCGACGAAGACCCGCAGAAAGUUAAGAAGAACAUACUCCUUGCCAAUUUCGGUCACCCCCAGCAUUUCCAACAAGGUGGAAAACCUCGAGGGUGAAAUCUCAGCAGCCAGUGACAUCGAUUGA